AAGCCCGCAGUCAAUCUUGGGGAGGUGGUUGUGGAGUUUACACCGGAUUUACUUUGUAUUUACACGAGUUUUCAAAAUGAGGGACCGAUUACAGGCCUUAAAAGGCGCGGGAAAUGUCGACGAUGAGGAUCCACAAGAUUAUGAUGAACCUUCGACUAUUAUUAAUGUGGAAAAUACUUUUAUGGAUAAUUUUUUCCAAACCGUGGCUAUAGUACGAACAAACAUUGAUAAAAUAUCACAAGAUGUGGAACAAGUUAAGAAAAUGCACAGUGCUAUGCUGUCCGCAGCAGUACAAGAUCAAGAGGUAAAAGAAGAACUGGAAAGACUGAUGGUAGAUGUUAAGAAGACUAGUAAUCUAGUCAGAGUGAAAUUGAAAGAAAUGGAACACAGUAUAAACCAGCAAGACCAGGAUGCAGGUUAUAAUAACUAUGCUGAAGCCAGGAUAAGAAGAUGCCAGCAUUCUACAUUAGCAAGAAAAUUUGUAGAAGUGAUGAGUGACUAUAACACGACCCAGUCUGAUUACAGAGAGAAAUGCAAAGCAAGGAUUCAGCGGCAGCUGGAAAUAACUGGAAAAGCUAAGACAUACGAGGAAGUAGAGGAAAUGUUGGAGGGUGGAGAUCCAGCGAUUUUUACUUCAGAUAUUGUGAUAGAGACUCAACAAGCAAGACAAGCCUUGGGAGAUAUAGAAGCUAGACACAGAGAUAUUAUCAAUUUAGAAAAAAGUAUUCAGGAACUUCAUGAUAUGUUUGUUGACAUGGCCAUGUUGGUUGAUAGCCAGGGAGAGAUGAUCGACAGAAUUGAGUACAAUGUAGAACAAGCGGUUGACUUUGUACAAUCAGCUAAAAGUGACACCAAAAAAGCUGUCAAGUAUCAAAGUAAAGCAAGGCGGAAAAAAAUCAUGAUCAUCAUCUGUCUAGUUGUUUUAGUGGCUAUACUUGUCACUAUAGUAGUGAUUCUCACAAACUAGAAUUUGUAACAUUUAGUAUUUGUUUUUAUAUGGUUCAAAUAUCUCCAUAAUAUUAAUGUAAUGAAAUAGAUAAAUGGGGCUUGAUAGACCACCAAGUAAUGACUGGAUGGAAGGAACCAUAAAUAACAUUUUAAAUUUGGACUGUAAAUAUUUUCAUCUGUUACAUUAAGUGUCGCUGGACUUUGACAGGCCCAGACAGUGUAUUAUCACCUAAAUGCUACCAUAAAAAGUUAAAAACUGCAAAUAAAUCUUUAAACAGACGGCAAAUAGCAUUAUCCCAGAGAGCAAAGUAUUUUUUCAAGUUCUUUUGUUUUUUUUUUUUUCCUGUGUGAUUUUGUCAGAUGUUCUAGAUUUAUGGACCACACCCUUUUACUCUCAUACGUACAGUUUCUUCCUUGGUUGGGUCAGCUUUUUUUUUAGAUUUUCAAAUUCAAAUCAAUUAUUCUUGUGUUUACUAUGGCAUUAAAAUUUCAAAUUCCUAGUAAACUUAUUUCUCAGUGCUUUGUAUAAGCUGAAGACAGGGUUUUUAACUGAGGUAUCUAUUCAACUGCACAAGUGUUGAGUGUUUUUUGCCAUUCCACCAAGGGUGCUUUGAAGCUCAUUGCACAUUUGCUAAUACUUCCAGAUUAUCCAAAAGUCUCUCAAAUAUAGAAUCACUUUCCCUGUUGUUAAAAGAAAUGACAAGAGCAUCAAUGAUUAAGAUGUGUUGAGCUGAAGGUAGUUUUGUGUGAGAAAGAAGAGUUCAACCCAAGGGGAAGAAUCGAUUCAGGACAAAAAUAUACUUUUGUGCCAGUAAUACUAUCCCUCUGGUCAAGUUAAGUAUUUUGGAAAUCUAGAAAACUCUUAAGACGUUUUAGCCUUGACCUUUUGAUUAAUGGUGAAGAGCAGAAACACAAGAUUUGAGAAUGUAGACAACUGAAAAUUCAUUUUAGACCCACCCAUUUAUUUGCUCUUGAAACUAUUUUUAUUGAACUUGACUAUUGCAAUGUGUAAUUAAAAAUUAAUAUUUUAUAAUAGGAUAUGUUUAGCUUAAAGGGGGAGGGGUAUUCCAAAAACCAACCUCCUCUGUGUUUUUCUUGCUAUUGUGAUCCUUUAACUCCCAAGCUGAUUGGUGGACAAAUUCUUGUUUCUAGCUUCUCAUCUCCUUUCAAAUUAGCUAUGAGAAUGCAGUGUUGUAAUAAGGAAACCACCUCCAGCUGAUGAGAUGACCUUUUUCUCCUUCCUUGUUUGCGAGACAUUGUACAAAGUGUUGUAGAGAGAAGGCACUCAUUAACUAUUCUGGUAAUGAAAGGAAUGAAUACUUAGUUUUAUCUAACAAUUUUUCACCAAGAUGGAGGUGAAUUGUGGUAGAUAUUUACCUCGCCAUGAAGCGGCAAGGUAAAUAUCCACCAUUUUUGCCAACACUUAGGUAAAUAACAGUCUAAGUAUAUACCACACAGAAACCAAAAGAAUUAGUUUAUUUGGUUCACACUACUAAAAGAUAUUAAUUUAAAGUUUCAUAUUUUAGCCAUCACUUAUCAGUCAAUGGUUAACUUAGAAAGUUAAAUUCUAUCAUGGCAGAUUGGCCUGUUAGAACUUUAUGCUAUUUUAGGAAAUGUUAAGGCCAUGCACAUAAUUUCUAUUGACAGUCACUCGUUGAAAUCUAAUUUACUUAUAUUAAGUUUAGUUCUUGGAAAUAAAGCCAGACUACCUAAUGUCACUAAGGAGAAAUUCUGAUCUGCAUUCUUGGCAUUUCAGAAAACCUUACGCUUCUCAGAUUAUCGAUGUUUUAUUUCUGUAAUGAAAGUCAAUUAAGUUAAGAUCAGAGUGUUAAGGCUUGAUUGCUUGUGGGUCUCUUGGUCUAAUUCAAGGAGGGGGACUGAACAGAGUAAAGGAGCUAUUACAUGUAACUAUGAAGCAUUUGAAGUUGUGAAAUAAAUUAUUUUAAUUUUGUAUUUACCAAG